GAGCUGUCCAGUUCAGCACCACGGCGACGCAGUAGGUGGGCGCUCCUGCUCCGAGAGCUGUCCAGUCCAGCACCGCGGCGAUGCUGUAGGUGAGAGCGCCCGGUCGUGGGGAGCUGUCCACUUCAGCACUACGGCGAUGCAGUAAGUGGAAGAGCCCGGCCGGGGUGAGCUGUCCGUUUCGGCACCACGGCGAUGCUGUAGCUGGGAGCGCCUGGCCGGGGGCUGCGCGGCCGUGAGCGGGGGAGGCGGGCGGGCCUGCCUGCUGCAAGACGCCGGCUAGCGCGCCCCAUCGCUCGCUCGCUCGCUGGCUUCCGAGGAGCUUUGCGGAUCGGGGGAGGGAACCCCGCCUCGAUUCUCCGGGAGAAACCCCCUCCCUCCCCCACUUCGCCGACACUACCCCCGCCGCCAACAACAAUAACCGCGGCUGCUCGUCCUGCCGCCACCGCGCCCGCCAACCCUGCUGCCGCCGCCGCCGCCGCCGCCGCCGUUGCCGCCGCCGGGGCACAACCAUGGGAGGCGAGACCCCCUCACCGGUGCAGCUGAGCUCGAGGGCUUGCAGAAGACUGGGCAGUCUCCUCUGAAACGGAGGCGCCUCGAGGACCCCCCUCCCUCCCCAAGGAAGAGAACUGGCGAAGCCACGGAUUUUCAUGGCGCAGGCCGCAGAGCAGCGAACGAAGACCGAAGGUUGCUUCCCAGCUCUUCCAGUCUCUAACUGUCUAGGUCCGGACCAUGAGAGAUGGUGUUGAGAAUUCGGCUGUACCCUGGCGCGCUGUGGAAGCCAUCUCCAAAUUAGCGAUCACAUAUGGAAACUGGAGACCAGAAUUUUAGGAAAAGAGAUUAAGGCAUCUCACUUGGGGGGGUGGGGGGUGUCUUUUUAUUUAUUUUCCCUUUUUUUAAAAAAAAUCGCUGCAACUGGAACAGUUUUUUGAUCUCAAAAGGCAAGCCUCUCUUCCCGUGUGAUCUUUAUAAUUUACACACUUUUCCGUGAGCUUUCUUAUCUCCCUUUUUUUAUAUCUCUCCAUAUUCUCUAUUCACACAUAUAUCCAUUAUAUUAGUAGUGGAAUUACCAAUCGCACCCUCACACACACGCUCCUGAGAACCAGAAGUCGGUUGGGUGUUUAUAUAAUGAAGAAUUAUGGGGCUGUUUGAUCGAGGUGUUCAAAUGCUUUUAACCACCGUUGGUGCUUUCGCUGCCUUCAGCUUGAUGACCAUCGCUGUGGGAACCGACUAUUGGCUGUACUCCAGAGGGGUUUGCAAGACCAAAAGUGUCAGUGAGAAUGAAACCAGCAAGAAGAAUGAGGAAGUUAUGACCCAUUCCGGAUUAUGGAGAACCUGCUGCCUCGAAGGGAACUUCAAAGGUCUGUGCAAGCAAAUCGACCACUUUCCGGAAGACGCGGACUACGAAGCUGACACCGCAGAGUAUUUCCUCCGGGCCGUGAGGGCCUCGAGUAUCUUCCCGAUCCUCAGCGUGAUCCUGCUCUUCAUGGGUGGCCUCUGCAUCGCAGCGAGCGAGUUCUACAAGACACGCCACAACAUCAUCCUGAGUGCUGGCAUCUUCUUCGUGUCUGCAGGUCUAAGUAAUAUCAUCGGGAUCAUCGUGUAUAUAUCAGCCAAUGCCGGAGACCCCUCCAAGAGUGACUCCAAAAAGAACAGCUACUCCUACGGCUGGUCCUUCUACUUCGGGGCCCUGUCCUUCAUCAUCGCCGAGAUGGUCGGGGUGCUGGCCGUGCACAUGUUUAUCGACCGCCACAAACAGCUGCGGGCCACGGCCCGCGCCACCGACUACCUCCAGGCCUCCGCCAUCACCCGCAUCCCCAGCUACCGCUACCGCUACCAGCGCCGCAGCCGCUCCAGCUCGCGCUCCACCGAGCCCUCUCACUCCAGGGACGCCUCGCCCGUGGGCGUGAAGGGCUUCAACACCCUGCCGUCCACGGAGAUCUCCAUGUACACCCUCAGUAGGGACCCCCUGAAGGCUGCCACCACGCCCACCGCCACCUACAACUCGGACAGAGAUAACAGCUUUCUCCAGGUCCACAACUGUAUCCAGAAGGACAGCAAGGACUCUCUCCACGCCAACACAGCCAACCGCCGGACCACGCCCGUAUGAAGACCGUGGGACGGGGGACCCCGGGGAGGCUUGGCCCGCGGGCGGGGGAGGGACCACAGCAGCCACGGGGAGACCUUCCAUACGCAAAAAACAACAACAAACAAACAAACAAGCAAAUGAACAAACAACAAACAAAACAAAAAAAAACAAAAAAAGAGAAAAACAUAGCAAGUAAAUUUAAAAAAAAAAAACUACAAGAAGAACAAAAUCAAAACCACAGGCUAUGCGGGGGAAAAUAUAACCGAGGGAAGACAAACUUUAAACAAAGCAAGAGGGAAAAAUUAAAAUAGAAAAUAAAUCUAAAAGAAAAUGCAUGAUUUCCCAUGUACCAUUAUUUUAACAUUUAAUAAAAACCAAUUUAAAUGAAAAAAUAAAAGGGAACCAAGAUAAUGUAAAGCAAAAAAACAAAAAACAAAAAAAAAAUAACAAAAAAUAACAAAAAAAUGAGGAAAGCAAGAGAGUAUUUAUUAGGGUUUUAUGUUGCCUUUGUUUUUGUUUUCAUUUUUUGUUUGUUUGUUUUAACUGCAGGGAGAGUUUAAAAAUAAAAAUAAAUAAAAAUAAAUAAAUAAAACCGCAUUCUUUUCCCUUUAACCCCAGCAGGCCCUGCCUCCCGGGGAGAGAAAGGGGCAGAGACUCAGGGCCCUUAGGGCCAGGGGAGCAAUGGUCACUGCCAAGCCCCUGGAUCCCUGGCUGGGCCCUGGGAUGCUGGAGAAGUUCAGUGGCUCUGCGGCCAACUCUACCCAGCACCAAUGAGGCAGUUGCAGGCCUCCAGGUGACCCAAGCCCUUGGUCCGCCCCUGUCCGUUAGGUGCCUGGAGGUGCCGCACUUGGGGCUAGCCCACCCCAGGUUCCCGGUCCUUAAUGGUCCUUAACCCACUGUGAUGACUUCCUAGGCCUUGAGGAAAGGGAAAGAGAAGGAAUGGCUGCUGGUGGCUCACAGAGAAGCCAGACCCCUGGAAUCCUCAGGGGGAGCCUUGGGGGCUGGGGGGGGGAGGCAGUAAUCCAAGCUUCUGUCCUUGGAGGCAGGAGACACCCACCCCCAGGGGAUAUAGAGCAGCCGUCCCUCCUCACCCCUCAUCUCAGGGCCACUAGAUGACCCUGGGGCGAUGGUGGACCCCCACACUCACAGGCCCCCAGCCCCCUGGGAAGGGGGCUCUAUGACCCUUUGGGGGUCCAUGGACUCACUGAUGCCCCUCUGGGGGGCCCAGAGAGCCCAACAAUGACAUUGCAAAAAGGUUUCUUUUUACAAAAGAAAAAGGAAAAACAAGUGGUGAUUUUUUUUAAAAAAAUAAAAUAAAAAAAACCACAGACUAUAAAUAAAUGUAAAUAUAUAAUAAGUGAAUUUACUUGCAAGAAAAUCAAGUAGUAUUUUUUCUUUUAAUUCUUUUCCAGCUUUAAACUGUGAAAAAAAGAAGUUGGGGUGGGGUGGGGGACUUAAAAUUUAGCAGGGAACUUGUAAAGACAAAACAAACAAACAAACAAAAAACAAAUAUAUCCAUUAAAACAAACAAAAUCCAUUGGGAGAGACGUGAGCUGGGCACAGAGCCAGAGAGAAAAGGAGAACGGCCCCACCAUCUUCCUGGGGACUAGAGAAAGAGGCUCUUCCUGCCUGCAGGGAGGUAUUGCUGAUGGAGAGAGGAGACACACACACACACUUCUACCCACCGUCAUGCCCACCGCCAAUGUCCCCCUAGGCUCAGUGCUGCAGCAGCCACCCAGUCAGGAGCAUGGCUCAGAGGCAGCUGACCUGUGCCCUCCAAAGCCAUGGAAAUCAGCCCGGCGCUAUCGAUGGCCCUUGUGCUCCGUGUGCCCCCCACUGUACCUUACCUAUGUGUGGAUGCACCGUGUUCUUGUACGGGGAAGGGCUCCUAUCUAUAUUCUAGACGUCAUGGCUGUGUGGCCUCUCUGGGCCUCAGCUUCCUACUGUGUCAGCUUGGGGACAGAUUGACUUGAGCUCCGAAGGCUCAUUCUUACUUUCUGUGUCUGUGACUUUUAAGAUCUGCUACCAGCCCAGCUCAGUGGAAAAUGGCCAGGAGCAAUCAACGCAGUCCUGAUGACAUUAAGAACAUUCCUAAAUCUCUCUCUCUCUCUCUCUCUCUCUCUCUCUCUCUCUCUCUCUCUCUCUCUCUCUCACACACACACACACAC